UAGGUUGCCACUGGUAGUACGCAUGAGUCAUGUCUCCGUUUCUCAGCAUGUGUUUUAAUUUGCUAAAGGCUGCCCAUGUCAGUUGUAUUAUGCGUUUUUUCUUAGCUGACUGAUUUUCUUUGCCCAUCUUGACUAUGUAAAUAUAUUCCAUUUCACUUUCCACCAAUUACUUGUCUACGGUGAUAUUUUCGUCGGUAUUACCAACAUAUUUAAAGCUCGAAUAAACAAUCAAUCAUGUACCCAACAACGACAUUUUCAUCAUGACCAGCGAUUUUAAUGCAAAAGUUUCAAACAUAAAAGAUGAGUCACCUUCGCAACAUUAUCGAACAACACGGUCUUGGAACUACUUUGUAAUAGCUGAUACACUGUUCAAGCACCACCCACGACGAUUAUCAACAUGGACAAAGUAGAUGGAGAACAAUAAGACAUACUAACACAAGACCAGGUGUAGUAUGCGAUGCGGACCAUAAUCUUCUACUAACAACUUUAGCUCUAAAACUACAAAUAGUCAAGAAGCGAAGUAAAAACAAAAGAAUGAAUGCGCCAGCGAUGUAGCAGCUGCAAAAUUAGCUGGAAACAAUAUAAUAAUCGAAAUUCUUUGAAGACACAUUAUGGAACAAUAUCAAAAUUUAGAUAGAACAAGCAGUAACGCAACAGCGUUAGAAAAUAAAAAAAGAAUCAUGCUUAGGAUUCAUUAUGUCAAACUUGCAGGCCAAAGAAAGAAUGCACAGAAUAAACCACAAUCAUUACGUAAGAAGAAUUUGCGAAGAAAUAUAACAAUAAUCCCAACAAAAUGAAUCACACGAUUUGUACAGAAAAGUUAAGUUCCUUGCAAAAGAGUUUAAGUCUCGUACCCAAAUAAUAAACAACAAAUAUGGAAAUACAGUAAUUGAUGCAGAUGAUAUGACAGAGGGUUGGGGGAAGCGUUUCCAAAAUUGAAUAAAAUUGAAAACGGAACGAAAAGAGCCACACAGCACAUAAAAAAUUACAAUUCAUCCGGAAUAGAUGGAAUUCCUGCAGAGAUCUUCAAAGCCAUGGGAGGUCAAAGUUCCAUUUCUUGCACUGAUUGCAAGCAAGAUAUUAUUGCACAUAAUCAAUGAAAUACUAAAAGCAAUUUUAUUUCUACAGAUAUCGGAAGAACAAAGUGGAUUUAUGCCGGGUAAACGUGUACGAGAACAAAUAUAAUUAUUUAAUUGGAACGGCGGCGUCUCGGUUGGUGGGAAGAAAUUUAGCAACUUGAGGUAUGAAAAUGACACGCAGCAAGCAGCAAUCGCACGACCUCAACGCAUGGCUAAGUUAAAAACUAAAGUAAUGGCAACAGAUAGCUAUCUCGGAAAUAACGAUGUUGCGAAGUAUGAGUUAGUUGACCAAUUCGUGUACCUAGGUACUCUUAUAUCUAACACCGGUGGUUGCGGUGAAAAAAUGAAAACACGCAUAGCUAUGGCUAGAGUAGCCAUGAUAAAAUUAUCCAAAAUUUGGAAAGACCGAGCUAUUAGUAGUAAUACCAAGGGGUUGCUUGCUAAGUCAUUAAUUUUUCCAAACACCACGCAUACAUUGGAAACGUGGACAUUAAAACUAAAGUGACUGACUAAAAUUGAAAUGUUUUAAAAACAUCAAUUUUCAAAUCAUUAUUAAUAUUCUUUCAACACCCAUAAAAUGAAAACCCUACUUUACUAAAUAAAAAGAUAGCCAUCAAUUCCUAGAAAAAAAGACUGUUUUUUCACCGUCACAUUAUAUUUACGCAUGUUUUCAAAACUGAUGGCUUGAUAUAUAAGGACGCGACUCAUUUAACACGUAUGGAAAAAGGGUUUGUAUUAAACAUUGUCCUAUGGUAACGAGUCUGGAAAGCAAACAGGGUGAAAGACAACGAGGCGACGAUUUACGCGGGCGUUUAUUCAGUACCUCGUCGACUACUGUUGAGGUUGGUGUUGAAAAAAAUUUUUUUUAAAUUGUUAGUGAAAAAAAAGUCGCGAUGUCGCGUAGAAAUUACUUUGGAAAGACCAUCAGUCGAAGUUUGGUGGGAAGUCCCAACAAUUCGAUUUAUUCUUUUGGCGGGAAAAGUAAUCGAACUCCAGAAAAUGCUUCGAGUAUUUCUACAAGCAGUAGAAGUGGAAGUUUGGAGUGUUUAGAUUUGGAUGAAAAACUGCGAAAAGUGUUAAGUGACGCAGGCGAAGAAGACGGUAACAUAAACGUGGUAGUAAGGGUACGACCUCUAAGCGAGAAAGAGAAGAGAGUUCGAGAUCCAUCGAUCGUACAACUUCUCCCUGACGGCCAAAUUAUGAUCGAAAAUUUCGGGAAUAAACCGAAAAUUUUUAGCUAUAACACCGUUUUUGAACCAACGGCUACGCAAGAAGAUGUUUUGCAAUAUUCGGGGGUUAAGCGAUUGAUUGAAAUGGCUAUUGAAGGAUUUCGGUGCACAAUUUUUUGUUAUGGACAAACUGGAAGUGGGAAAACUCACACGUUAACUGGACCACCUAAAUUAUUUAAGAAGCUUUCCCCAUACAGUGAACAUCACGGUUUGAUAUUUCGAGCUUUUUUACACAUAUUUGAGGAAAUCCAAAAAAGAAACAACUUCAAUUUUAUAUUGAAAGCAAGUUUUUUGGAGAUUUACAAUGAAAAGGUUAUCGAUUUAUUAAACCCGGCUAUUCGAAGAAAACCUUUGGCUGUUCGAUGGAGCAAAAAAAAUCGCGGCUUUUUCGUCGAGAAUCUAUUUAUGGUCGAUUGUGAGGAGUUGGACGAUUUGAUUGGGGUUUUAGAAGAAGGGAUUCGUAAUCGAUCGAUGGGUUAUCAUAACAUGAAUGACUUUUCUAGUCGUAGCCAUACAAUUUUAACUGUGUAUAUAACGUCUGAACAACCAGCAGAAGGAGGCGUUUUUAUUUCAAGAUCAGGUAAAAUAAAUUUUGUGGAUUUAGCGGGGAGCGAAAUGACGAAGAAGACGCAAAGCGCCGGAAAAACUUUAGAAGAAGCGAAUAAUAUAAAUAAAAGCCUUAUGGUUUUAGGUUAUUGUAUAUCAACAUUAAGCGAUACAAAGAAAAAAAAUAACUACAUCCCUUACAGAGACUCAAAAUUAACAAAGUUAUUAGCAGAUUCUUUGGCGGGAAACGGCGUCACUUUAAUGAUAGCCUGUAUAUCUCCGGCUCGUUCAAAUUUAAACGAAACUUUAAACACUUUGAGAUACGCAAGCCGAGCGAAAAAGAUUAAAUUAAAACCGGUCGUUAUGAUGGAUCCAAGAGAAGCUUUAAUUUUAUCGCUAAAACAAACCGUGGAAAAUUUAGAAUUAGAAAACGAGCAUUUAAGAAACGCUUUAUCAACAGUACCUUUAUCAGAUUUUACUUUAAUUUCAAAAGAUGUUAAUUCAAACGUACCAAAAUUAAACGUUGAUGAUAUAGUCCAUAUGGACAACAAAGAAUUAAUCCAAUUAGUGCAAGUGUACGCGGAAGAAAACGAAAAUUUAAAAAACGACAACGCCCAAUUAUUUUAUUUAAAAGAUCAAAUGUUGAGGGACCAAGAAUUGUUAAGUAGAGAAAACGAAAAAUUGGUUCGAAAUCUCGAAGAAGCAAAGAGAGUCACAGUAAGAUCGCCGAAUAUCGCGGUGAGACCUGUUAUGUCAGCAAAUGAUCUUUUAACCUUGAAUGAUGAUGAAUAUUCUUUGACGUUUAAAAAUAGAGACAUUUGGACUAAUCCGGAAGAAAUGAAAAAGGAUAAUAAUGAAUUACUACCUCCUGCAGUAGAAAAAGAAUUGAAUAAACGAAGGAUAGAAAUUCCAAAAUUGAAAUUAAAUUCGAAAUCGUCCGAGUCAUCGGGAAGCGUUUCAAGUUUACCUGAAAUUUCGUUGAAACGACUUCAACAGAAAAAUCCUGAUUUGUUUGGGAGUUAUAUUAAUAAUUAAUUAAUUAAUAAUUAACUUUUUAUGAAAAUG